CUCAAAUGGUCUGAGGGUUUCUGGAAUCCAUGUCCUGGCAAUGGUGGCUGAUGCUUACUUUGAAGGGGCUUGGACUCUUCCUCGAGGCAGGCCUACUAUUGUAAAUAUGUUUACAGAUUUGCUCUCUCUGCAUGUUCCUGUUUCGAAUAACAGUUCAAAUGGUGCGUUUGGUAGUUUCUCCAAUUCGAAAACUUGGAACUCUUUACAUCUGUUACAUGUGGUAUUUGGUUUAAAUAAUGUAUUCCAAAUUAUGUGUUUCAUAUGUGGGUUGUGGUUUGUGACCGCCUGCCAACGAGAGAUUGUUUACGAAAUUGGAGGCUCACCAUUCCAAUUGAUUGUUUGCUAUGUGGGUCGGGUGAGGAGUCAAGAAGUUUUGAGCGUUUUCUUCGAUUAUAACGACAUUUCCACUCCAGUGUUAUUCAAAGAUAUCAUUAAAUGGGUUAACUCGUUUUCCUCAAAUCAAAAAAUUGAGGCUCAUCUGUCUGCUCAUCUUCCAAGCAGUAACUUAUUAUUAAAGGAAACAAACUCAAGAUUACAUAAUUCGGAUUCCAAAUCAGCCGUAGUUAAGGAAAUC